AUGCCACGCUGCUUUAUAGUUUUUCUCGACCUCAGAAUCUCUCUUCAACAAACCUCAUUCGAACUGCAAACCGCCCAUCUACCACGGCCUCGCCAUCCUGCCGCAUGCACAAGGCUACUUUCAGAGCUCGAGCAGGCACUCUGCAGCCGUUCCGUUCCGAUACAGCCUACACACGCGUGCCUCACUGUGUAUAGCAUCAAUGAGCGGACCGUAGCUCUCGUGAAGACGAGAGAUCGCGCGUUACACGGCAGACCGACAUUUCGAAUCGUCGUGGGAAACGAUCCCGUCGAUGGCCCGAACCGAGGUGAAAGAGAUGGGAUGCGUGGCUGGGUUGCAGAGAACCCGAAGGAGGGUGAAUUGCAGUCGGAUUACCGUGCGAAUCAGACCAAACUACAGAAACAGAACUCUGAGAGAUGCUUGGGCAACAUCAUGAGGUUGGCUGAACGCAGCCGUUCCAGCCAACCCCGUGAACGAUCUUCGCUCUCCAGUCAUGGAGAUUACAACUCCUUUGAAACCUCCACGAGGCGGACAGACGUUGGAGCCGUAGCGCUUUUACAGGAGAUAUGUAGUCCAUGA